UUCUCGCUUGCUGCGAAUUUUUACUUCCGCAGUAAAAACAUUUUUUUGGGAGGGAUUUACCGUCCAGAUUUCUGUUCUCGACGGCUUCUCCGUUAGAUGAUUUGCCAAAAAGAGUUUUUAUUCAUUUAUUUCUGCAAUUAUUACCAGUACCACCUCGUCUUUCAACUUUUUUGGGAGGGAUUUUUAUCCGUUUCUCUUGGGAGAAAGGCCCUGUUUCUAGACACUUCUGUUUUGGGAGGACACAGACCACACCACCGGAAUAUCUUUAGAGGCUUCCAGAACUAGAGAUGGGCAGGAGGACACAACUCCCAUCCCAUAAUUAUUUUAGAGCCACCUACCAAACACAUGCCAGGAGGCCUGAGUGCCAAAUCCAGAAACAAUUGAUGGUGCUUUCCAUCCUAGGAAAGGGAUGCCUUGGAUUCAUCUAGGAUGCCGAUCGGCACAGGGCUAUCGGUGGAUGUUGCAAUGGAGCCCAAUGAGGAGGGGAUGGGUGAGCAUCCUGUCAAGCCUAGGAAGCCCUACACGAUCACGAAGCAGCGGGAGAAGUGGACGGAGGAAGAGCACGAGAAGUUCCUGGAGGCGCUGAAGCUGUAUGGCCGGUCCUGGCGUCAGAUACAAGAACACAUUGGCACAAAGACCGCUGUCCAAAUCCGAAGCCAUGCCCAGAAGUUUUUCUCCAAGGUGGUGCGUGAACCUGGUGCUAAAAUUGAGAUCGAGAUCCCUCCCCCCAGGCCAAAGAGGAAACCACUGCAUCCAUAUCCUCGCAAGCGCGCGAACUCCUGCAAUGGGGCAAACGCAGCAAAUGGUCAAUCCAAGCUUGCUCAUAUGUCAUCUUCUUCUGGUUCUGACCAAGAGAAUGGUUCUCCCGUGUCGGUGAUAUCUGCAAUGCAGUCGGAUGCUUUUGGAUCAUCGAUGUCAAACCCGUCAUCUCGCAGUGCCUCCCCAGAGUCGUCAGAUGAGGAGAAUAUUGUUCUUCCAAUGGUGAACGGAGGGGAAGGUCAACAAACAGGGAUAGAUCAAUCCCACAAGGAAGCUGAUCAGGAAAACAAAGAUACGGGUACCUCUGAAGAGGAUUCUUCUGAUGAGGUACAGGUAACAAGCGUGAAGCUGUUUGGGAAGACGGUCGUUAUCCCAGACCCGAGGAAAAGAUGCUCCCCGGAUACAGGCUCAGGGCAUGAAAACAGAGAGCAACCCUCAGAGUCCUCUAACAAAGGAACAUCACAAGCCCCACUGGCUGUAGAUAUUCCAACACAUACAAAGGGAGAGCAAAUCUCACAAUCCUCUAACAAGGCAACAUCACAAGCCCCAUUGGCUGUAGAGGUUCCGACGUAUACAAAUGGAGAGCAAAUCUCAGAAUUCUCUUACAAGGCAACAUCACAAGCCCCAUUGGCUGUAGAAAUUCAAGCAUACGCUGCGCCGCCAAGUGGGUGGGUUCUUCCAUACAAUUCAUUCCCGCUCCAUUUCGGGGAAUCAGCGGAAGCCAGAAUUGCCCGUUUGCACAUGUGGUGGCCAUACUAUGGGUUUCCUAUGGUCCAUCCAAGUGGACCGAGUGCAGUGGCACACAAUGGAAAAGCUACUGAUGAGAGCGAAGCUGCGAAGAGCCCUCCAGUUGAAUCAAGCUCGGACUUCGUUGACAAUACUCAGGCAACAGCCAGCAAGCAGUGGAAAGUGCUUGAGUCGCUUGGAACAGCGCAGGCCCCUCCGUCGGUUUCUAAUUUUCAGCUUAAACCAAGCACGAACUCGGCCUUCGUGAGAGUGAAGCCGAUCGUCAGCAGCGGAGAUGAGCCGGUGAGGGGGUUUGCGCCGUACAAAAGAUGUAGAGUCGAAUGACGAAAGCGGGGAUCUUCUUCCCCGUUUCUAAUUUAACUAUGAACCCUAGGAGGAGCCUGUUCCACAUAUUCCUUUGCUCCGGUAUAUUCUUAGGUUUUACUUGCACAUAGAGAUUGGCGGCGGUCUGGCCCGGGAAAUGCGCGUUGUUUCCUGCCUGCGCCCUGUGAAGAGCAGGGCACAGGUGGUUGCUGUAUGUGCUGUAGGAUAAAAGCAGGAGGUUUUGUAGGGAUGCCAAUUCUCUGUCUGUCUCAUGUUGUUGAUGUAAAAGCAAAGAAUUUUUGUGUCACUCUUGUUGAUUCCUAAUGGAAAUCGAUUUCUCUGAA